GCGUGCGUAAGAGCGUGCGUAAUUGUGGAGGCAGUUCUCGCAGCUCCGCGCUCCCAGUCCGAUCUCAUCCCCAUUCCACCGGACCUGCGACGCGGCUGCUCCGAUGCCAGCGCAGCGGAGAGAAGGCGGGUCGAGGGAUGUUGACACGUCGCUGAUGGGAUCUUGCUGACUUCUGUUUCCGCAUAUUCCUUAAUGCCGCCAUGGAGAUCAUCCACGCCACCCAGGCGUCCUUGCUGCCUCGGGAAGCUCCUGCAGCUUCCUGGAGCAACAACUCUGCCGCCCCCUACUCCCACUUCCUGCUCCUCUCCACUCCCUCUGAAGCGCUUCUCAGCUUCACUCCAACCGAUGGCGCCUUCCUCUCCAACGCAAGCCAGAACUGCACCAAACCCGCAUCGCUCCCCGGUCUGGCUGGAAUUCUCAUUCCCCUCAUCUAUGGGAUAGUGUGUGUUGUCGGCCUGGUGGGAAACACGCUGGUCAUCCAUGUUAUAGUCAACUACACCAAGAAUGAAUCAGUCACCAACAUCUACAUUCUCAACUUAGCCAUUGCGGACGAACUCUUCAUGCUGGGACUGCCCUUCUUGGCGGCGCAGAACGCUCUUCUGUCCUGGCCCUUCGGCUCUCUCAUGUGCCGCGUGGUCAUGACAGUGGACGCCAUCAAUCAGUUUACCAGCAUCUUCUGCCUUACUGUGAUGUCAGUGGACCGCUACCUGGCCGUGGUGCACCCCAUCCGCUCCUCCUGGUGGCGGCGUCCUCGUGUGGCCAAGGCCAUCAGUGCCACAGUUUGGGCGGUUUCCUUCGUGGUGGUGCUCCCGGUGGUGGUGUUUGCCGAUGUGCUGAAGGACGAUGGGAACUGCAGCAUCGUGUGGCCGGAGCCAGCAGAAGUGUGGAAGACGUCUUUCAUCGUGUACACGUGCACCGUCGGUUUCUCCUGCCCCCUGCUGGUCAUCUGCCUGUGCUACCUGCUGAUUGUCAUCAAGGUGCGAAGAGUUGGAAAGCGGGCGCAGGCCACAUCCUCUCGUCGCAGGAAGUCAGAGCGUAAAAUCACCCGGAUGGUGGUUGUGGUGGUUGCGGUGUUCGUCCUUUGCUGGCUACCGUUCUAUGCUCUGAACAUUGUCAACCUCCUGGUGGUCCUGCCAGGGGACUUCAGGGGGCUGUACUUCUUUGUUGUCGUGCUCUCGUAUGCGAACAGCUGUGCCAACCCCAUGCUGUACGGAUUUCUGUCCGACAACUUCAAGAGAGGCUUCAGGAAGGCACUGUGCCGCACCUCACGCAGGGUGAAGAACGACAGGGCCGGCACCGAGGUGCGGCGGCCCACGGAGGAGUGGGGCGGCAUUGUACUUCAAACGCUAAAAAGUGAAGGGGACAACAAUGGCCACAGGAAAGACUGCGGUGGGAACGAAGGAGAGGAUGAAAUCAAUGGAACAGAAGGUGCCAUACAGACGAUGGAAAUAUGCAAAAUGUCGGAAGAUGGAAACCACAGUGGGGUCACGGAGGGAUUAAGGACACAGGUCGAGCAGAGGGGGAAGCCUGAGCUGGAGCAUUCUGGUCAGAGUUCCAAACAUGGGGAACUGGCGGGAAAAGGUCCAGGCUGCGAGCCCCCUGAGACAGUGUCCUCCGUGUCCAACAAAAUGGGAAACAACCGGUCACAACCACAACAAUUCCUGGACAAAAACUCUGUCCUUGAAAUCAGCUAUCUGUAACGGAUGUCUCAGAGACAUUUGAAUUGAACGUGAAUAUUACAAACAAGUGCAGAUCGCGACACUGAAAGUAAUUUUUGCCUGACAAAAGAUAACAAGAACACAGAAACUUUGGCUGGGGUGAAAGAAUUAUGAAGUAAAGUUUGCAGUUAUUGUUGUAAAUAGUCUAACAAACAGGAAAAAACACUGGUAUUAUCAUGUUGGACAGUUAAUUAUUGAGAUUUCAAUUUUUUUCGGAUGUUUAAGUCUUGAUUUGUCUCCUGAGUUUAGGAUUGAGAUGAUUUUACCAUGUGCAAAUUACGCUCUCAACAGGUAUAGAGGUUUCAAGAAGAAGCAGAUGUAAGUCUGUUUUUUGAGUGUGUGUAUAACUGUCAUGAAGGUACAGUCGGCGAUUCUAAUCCAAUAGACUUUUUAUGUCAAAUUCAGAAAAUACACUCUCUCCACACAGUUUGCAAGCUCUUUUCUGUUUUCCUAACAAAGCCCAGUUGUUAGCAUUGUUGCCUCGGCAAUGUGUAUCCAUCAAUUUAGAGGGAGGAGCUUCUGAAGGAAUUUGAUUUGUUGUCAAUAUUAACCUUCAAAAAAUUAUUUCUAUCAAAUCUAAAAUGUGGUAGUGUGAACUGCAUGUAGACAACAGAUUUAAUUGACUUUUAUUUUAUUUACAUCUUACAUUCUAAAGGACACAUUUAGAUGAAUGAGAUAAUACAGAUUUAAACCUUUAGACACUGGAAAAUCACUACAUAGAAUUGUACUUCGAAUUAAUAGAUUUUUUUUUUUUUUGGGCUACUGCAUUGAUUUCUUUCAAACACCCCCAAAAGAUCAUUAUUAUUAUCAUCUCUGGAGCACAACACGAACAUCUUUAACUUUUGUCAUCCUUAAAAAUAUACCUGUCAAUUUUUAACAAAGAUAUUUUCCUGAAAGUGUAUCUACUUCAUGUGAGUUAAACACUAUAUAACUGGCUUUGUUUUAAUGGUUGAAAUAGUUGGUGUGUUUUGCAGUGUAUUGUGAAAUCUGUAUUUCUUAUUUAAGGAUCAUGCAUUUUAAAAUAAAAUCCCUGAUUGACGGGUGAUAUUAUGAAGGCCAACGUGCAGUACAGUUAUUUUGUCUGUGAUUAUAUAAGGUAUUGUUUGUAUCAAGUAUUAUCAGCCAUGUUGUGAGGAACAUUGGUACUAACAGCGUAUGUGGAGAGAGUGGGCUAAAAAACAUUUACAGUUUAUAUUGUAUGUGAAAACCUGGUAUUAUUUGUGAGCUAUCGUGUCCCUUGAAAUAUCAUGUGCAUGUAUUUAGUAUGUAAAGUGUUUGUGACAUGUAUGCAACUUUGUAACAUCAUGACCUUUGUGCUGUUCACCAAGAAAUACCGAAACCAAAUGAAAAUAAAAAAUAAUAAUUUGCUUUAUUUUGAAAUGCUGCUUCUGCCAAUGAAAUAAGAGAUUUCACCAGUGACUUUAUUUUGCACCUGUUUAACUUUGAGCCAAGGCUGCCCUCUAGAGGUAAAGACACUGUAGGAAAGAAAAAACCCUCAAAUUAUUAUUGUACAAAGCAAAUUAGGUAAUAUUUUCAAAACACCCAGUGUCUCCUCUCAUUGCACUUGGUAUUAAACACUUAACAGUAACAUGAUAGUGGUCUGUGUGUUUAACUCGUUGAAACUGGAUGCGAGUUUUGAAAAGAGGGAAAUGUCACGUUAUUUUAGAUACCGUUUUUUUUUUUUA